GAGUUGGCAGGCCCAGUCUUCAGCGUCUAAAUUUGCCAGCACCUGCGACAGCAAUAGAUUUAACAAUCAUAAACUGCACCGUGAAACGAAAAAGAGAACAUAAAUCAAUUGUAAGUCUAUGAAGAUUUCACGCUAGGUUUUGAGACCCACGAAGGAGUUGUGCGAUUUUGGAAUCACACGGACAGGGUCAACUCAGGUAACGUGAAUUUAGCCAACGUUACUGUCGUUUUCGUGGGUCCGUCAGUCAACCAACAUGCAAAGUUUGAAUAUUUUGUGUCGCAAUGCGGCUAAGCGGGGUCAGGUGAUCCCAUCCAAGCUUCAAGGAGUGACGACAGUGUGCGCAAGAACAUAUGCCGAUGCCCCAAUUGAUGCAGAUGUCACUGUGGUGGGAUCGGGUCCUGGAGGCUAUGUGGCCGCCAUCAAAGCAGCACAGCUGGGAUUUAAGACAGUGUGUGUGGAGAAGAAUGCCACCCUAGGAGGAACAUGUCUCAACGUGGGUUGCAUCCCCUCCAAGGCUUUGCUGAAUAACUCACACUAUUAUCACAUGGCCCAUGGGAAGGAUUUUGAAAGCAGGGGAAUAGAGGUUACUGGAGUGAAGUUGAACCUGGAGAAGAUGAUGGCCCAGAAGUCUGGAGCAGUUAAAGCUUUAACGGGUGGCAUCGCUCACCUCUUCAAACAGAACAAGGUGACCCACGUGAAUGGCUUCGGAAGCGUAACAGGACCCAAUGAAGUCACGGCAACAGGCGACGAUGGAAGCAAACACGUCAUCAACACCAAACACAUUCUUAUCGCCACUGGAUCAGAGGUUACCCCAUUUCCUGGGAUAGAGAUUGAUGAGGAGACUGUGGUGUCGUCAACAGGAGCGCUGUCUCUGAAGAAGGUUCCAGAAGAGCUGAUAGUCAUCGGCGCAGGUGUCAUUGGGGUGGAGCUGGGUUCGGUGUGGCAGCGCCUGGGCUCCAAGGUGACGGCGGUGGAGUUCCUGGGCCACGUGGGCGGGAUGGGCAUCGACAUGGAGAUCUCCAAGGGCUUCCAGCGCAUCCUGCAGAAGCAGGGCCUCAAGUUCAAGCUGGGCACCAAAGUCAUGGGCGCCACCAGACGCCCCGACGGCAAGAUAGACGUGGCUGUGGAGGCAGCAGCUGGCGGUAAGGCAGACACCCUGAGCUGUGACGUGCUGCUGGUGUGUAUCGGCCGCCGGCCCUUCACACAGAACCUGGGCCUGGAGAAGGUGGGCAUCCAGCUGGACAACAGGGGACGCAUCCCCGUCAACAACCGCUUCCAGACCCAAGUACCCAGUAUCUAUGCGAUAGGUGACGUGGUGGCGGGCCCCAUGCUGGCUCAUAAGGCGGAGGAUGAGGGCAUCAUCUGUGUGGAGGGCAUGGCGGGCAGCACCCCUCACAUCGACUACAAUUGUGUGCCCUCCGUCAUCUACACACACCCCGAGGUGGCAUGGGUGGGCAAGACUGAGGAGCAGCUCAAAGAGGAGGGAGUUCCUUACAAUGUGGGCAAGUUCCCGUUUGCUGCUAACAGCCGGGCGAAGACCAACGCAGACACAGACGGCCUGGUCAAGAUCCUCGGCCACAAGGAGACCGACCGCAUCCUCGGAGCACACAUCAUGGGCCCGAGUGCAGGAGAGAUGAUCAACGAGGCAGCGUUGGCCAUGGAGUACGGAGCCUCCUGUGAGGAUGUGGCCAGAGUCUGCCACGCCCACCCGACGGUGUCAGAGGCUUUCAGAGAGGCUAACCUUGCUGCUUCAUUUGGGAAGGCCAUCAACUUUUAAAUCUUUUACCAUCCAUACUGCUCAAUCACGCACACUUUCUCUCUCACACACACACACACACACUAGAGGCUCUUCUCAACGUCUCCUCGGCCCUUGAUCCUCGGUCCACCGGCUCGUUCCCACUGAUCUUUAAACUGGAUAGACUCUAUACCACUGUUGCCGCCCCAUCAUUCUUUAUAGAUCAGUGGGAACGAGCCGGAGGACCGAGGAGAGAUGUUGAGAAGAGCCUUAGACCCUCUCUACACUACAACGUCUCAAGGGGACGUUUUAGUGUUGAGAGGCAAAGGGAAUGAGUGAGAUGUUGGCGCCCCCCUAUGGUAGCACUGUGCCUAGACAUGUAUAACCCCUCCGCCAGCGCUAGCAGUUGCUGUUACAGAUAUACGUGUACAUAUAUGAGUGUUUACUGAGAGAGAAAGAAAGAGAGAGAGAGAGAGAGAGAGAGAGAAUAUGAGAAGAUGAAUAAAAUGUGUGUAAGGGGUCAGGAACUGCUGUAUGCUGUAAUAAGGCUAGAAUAGAGUGUUUUGUAUGAUGUACAAGGUAUGUAUGUGUCUACAUGUACAGCUAUGCAGAAAUAAAAUAUAUCAUAUGAAGUUUAA